UUACGGACGCGUCAGGGUCUGUCUCUCCCCCCCAGUUAUCCCCCAGUUUACCUUCGGACGAGCCUGUAAUGGACUACUCCAGCUCUGCCAGCAACCAGGACGGAUUUUGAGAAACAUUUUUUUAGCUCGCCGCCCCAUGUUUCCACUUUAAAGUCAGCAGGAUGGCUGAAAAGGAGCCCGACUCGUCUGGGAAACUAAAAACAUUAUUAUAGCCAAAAUUGGCUUUUUCGGAAUAAGGGGCCUAUCCGAACGGACUAUUUCUUUCCCCAACUUUCCCCUCCGUGUAUAAUGGAUGGCAGAGAUUUUGGACCUCCCCGAUCUGUCCACGUACCACCUCCGUUGUUGGCGGGGCUCGCAAUGGAGUCUCACCGACUCGGAGCAGCAGCAGCAGCCGGGAGGAUCCCUCCCUCGCCCGGUCACUUGGGCGCGAGUCAUCCGCCGCCUCUCCACUCCGGAAAAUUCUUGCCAUCGGCCAUUAACCUACAUCCACACCACAGUGAUGCCUUCCCGACAGGCUCCACUCCCUUCCUGUCAGGUUAUCCAGGCCCCUCCUCCUUGACCUCUGACCCGGCGUACAGAUCGGCCAAUCCCAGCAGUAUGCAGAUGGCUCAGCUCUGGGCAUCACACGCUCAUGAUGGCUACCCUCAUCUGCCCAGCAGCCUGUACUCCAGCUCUUAUCUGUCCCUAGGGCACCUGGACCCUCCCUCGCUCUCCUCACACCCUCUCUAUGACUCACACAAAGAGGGGUUUUACCUGCCGGCCUCCUUCGGUCAAUUGCCUCUCCACCCUCCAUCUGCGCCUCCGUCCGCUCCAAUCAGCUCCACCCCUCCACAGAGGACAACCCGGGACUCUGGGAGGGAGCGAAACCACCGCAGCGAGAGGGACAGAGAUCGGGAGCGGUCAAGGGAGGAGCAGAGGCCGCACAGCGUGGUGGAUCUAACACAGGAUGGGAGGAGCGAAGAGGAACGCCGGGGAAGGAGCGGAGACCGAGACCGGGAUAAAGAAAGAGAUCGGGACUCGGACAGAGACAGGGAUGUUUGGUCGUUUAAUCCUCACCCAAACCAGUCCAGGUCACAAUUGACAGCGGAACACAGAUCCAGACCGUCACCUCCUCGGCCCUCCUUCCCUUCAGGAGGAGGAGGGAGGCUGCAUGAAACAGACAGAGGGGGUCGGGAUGAAGAGGGGGGCUCUCGACCCAACAACUCAAAUAACUCUGAGAGACAAAGGAGGAACGAGUCUGUGGCCACAUCAGCUGGGACCCUCCAUGUCUCCUACACCUUCCCUCCUCCUGCACUUCACCCCUCCUCCUCCUCCUCUUCUGGAACGCCCCACCCCUCCACACCCAGAGAGCCAAUCAGAGAGCAGCGAGUUAGUGCACCGACGUAUGUGCCUUCUGUGGAGGUUUACGACGAGCGGGUCGGGCCGAUUCAAAUCGCGUCACAGGCCCGCGACAAACACGGCGACAAACACAGGGAGAGAGACAGAGAACGAGAAAGAGACAGAGAGCGAGAGAGAGAGAGAAACAGGGAGAGGGAGAGCUACAGGUUUCCUGACAGGAGCCCGAUGGAGCAUCCUCGACUCUCUGGCGAAUCAAGCAAUCAUCGAGAGGAAGGUUCUGUCAUUUGUUCGAACGGUUCCUCUGGAAAACGAGUCCAGGACACACCUUUCUCCUCUAGCCAAUCACGCUUCAGCCCGGAGAGCAGGGACGUUCCUAAACACUCCAUACGGUUAGGGGCGGAGCCAAAGUGGACUACCACUCUCAGCCCAUUGGCGAACUACGCCACAACUCACAUGGCCGCCCUGGCAGCCCAACACGGACACACGCUCUCCUCCCCCACACAGAUGUCUCCCCACACGACACACCGACCUGGCAGCAGCACGCACUCGACCCACAGCCACUCCCCCCAAACGCACCCCUCCCAACACACGAGUGAGGAGGGGAGUCAGAGAUGCUACCUGGACCCAGCAGCACUCUACAGACCCGGGGGAUCAUUGGUGGGAGGGUCUAGUGGGGGAGAGCGAGGGGGUUCGGAUCACACAGAAGUCUCAGCAAUGCAGAGUCUAAUUAAAUACAGUGGGAACUUCGCUGCCGAGGGUCCCGGGUCAUCCAGGCACAACGCAGAAGGGCGGGGGCCCUUCGGCGGUCUGGGACACAUUGGGCCAGAAGAAAGGGAGCGGGAGCGGGAAAGGGAGAAGGAGAGGGAGAGGGAAAGAGAACGAGAGAAGGACAGGGAGAGGGUGUCAGUGGGUUCAGGGUCGCUGAGGAUGCCACCACAGCUGAAGAGGGAGCAGGAGCGUCCAGACAGCGCCCGCUCAUUUGGCCGGGAGGGUGAAGGAGAGGUACGGCAUCCUCCUGUGGGCAUUGCUGUGGCUGUGGCCCGGCAGAGAGACAGUGGGAGUAGCAGCAAACCAAGCAGCGGACCCUCAGACCCACAGAGGACACUGCUGCAAACAGCUAUUAAAGACGAGGAGCGAGUAGAAGACCGAGCUCGACACCAUGAUGACAGACUGCUGGCUGGCCGGCUGGAUCGUGAGCAGGAAAAAGUGCUUAGUGAGUCCAAGGAGCUGGCAGAGUUCACUCAGAUGCACCCCACCCCGCUGUCCACUGGCUUGACACCUAGUAUUAUGACGCCCAGCCUCAUGACCCCAAACCUGAUGGUGACAGGGGGAGCAGCGCUGGCUGGGGCGGGACGAUGGCCUCCUGACCCCUCAACUCUGACCUCUCACCCCUGGAUGACCCGACCCGGAGCCCCUCCAGUCUGGCUCCCAGGAUCACCAUACAGCCUGGGUCCCUCGUCACUCCACCAGACCCUCCCUCCAGGAUACCCACCCUCCCUGCCAGGCUCCAUACCCCCUCCAUACCAGUUUGCCAGAGACCCACAGUCUGGACAGCUAAUAGUCAUCCCCACUGAACACCUGCCACACUAUGGAGGUGAUGUUCUGGAGCGUGGAGCCCCGGUGUGGUCCGGGGUUUACGGUACAGGCAGCUCGCUGCAGCACGCAGCCCAACUCCAGCUUCUCUCUCAGCAGCAGAUGCUCCGACAACAAGAGCUGCUUAUGAUCCAACAACAUACGGCGCAGGUCCUCGAGCUGCAAAGGAAUGCACAAUUUGUUGAGCGUUUAAAGGCCAGCGAGCACCGGCCGGAGAUGGAAGACAAAGCAGACAAGCGUAAUGCCGACCCCAAGCCCCGCCCCUCUUCCGUAUCCUCUCACUCUCCUUCGCCCAUCCUGCAUCCCCGCAAACCUCCCCCUCCCUCACGCUCUCCGACCCCGUCCACGUCUUCUCUCGCGCCGCUGCCUCCUCUCCCCUCGCCGGUGACCACCCUGAAGUCUGAGGAGGGCGGGCAGAGAGCACACCCGCCGCCGACGCCCUUGCCUCACCCGCCAUCCCCACGCUCAGCCUCUCCGCCCCCGUCCUCACCACGGCAGCCUAAACAGGAGGCCACCGAGGAGGGGGAGGUGGGGCGGAGGGAGCAGAGAGGGGGGCAGAAGUCGGGCUCUGCGGCGUUUCAAGGCAUCUACCCUGAUCUCCCUCCAGGGUACCCUUACCAGUCCAUUACCGCCCCCUUUGGCUCGCCUUUCCCUCCUUAUCACGUCCCAGCACCCAGUGAGGCUAGUACAGAAGUUGUCCCAUCACAUCGUUCCUGCUCUCCUAACCCUGCAGCCCCUCUUCCUUCAACCCACCUCCAUACACGGCUGCUGGAUGCAGACAUAAAACCACAAAAACUAGAGCCGUCAAAGACAGGACCUUUUCUGAAGCAGGAGCCCAGCUCUGAGCAGCAACAGCUCGACAUGAGAGCAGAACCUCUGGGCCCUCUUCGGCAGAGCUGCAGUCCAGCUCUGGCCGUCCAGGACAGAGAGGAAGAAGCCUCAAAGCCCAUUGCACAACCCCUACCUCUGCUCGUCCCCAGCCCUCCACCGCAGCAGGCGGAAAGACUUAAAGAAAUCAGGAAGGAGGAGAAGGAGGAAGGUGAAAUCAAAAUGGAGGUUUCAUCUUACUCCUGCCAGGCAGCUUUCCCCCCGCCUCCUCUGCUCGUAGAAGAGCCUAAACCAGAGGUCCACAAGGAUGCACAACGAUAUCCCUGCAUGGCUUCAGAUCCAGAUAGGGAGGAAUCGGCUCCGUCACUGGAACAAUCCAGUGUGUGUGUUCAAGAACAGCCAGAGUCUCACAUCAGCUCACAUACUCCCAUUCAGAAAGAAGCUGAGACUCCCGCUUAUCCUUGUCACACCUCCAACUCUCCACUCCCGCUGCUGGUCUGUCCAGAGGAUCCAAUGGCGGGGAUGCUCGCUCUGCUGACGGCCAGUGAGAUGGCCCAGGCCCGCCCCAGCACCCCACCGGCCCCGUCCCUCCUACCAGAGAUAGAAAACUCAGCGUUUGGUGUCGACUGCAGCAGCACUGGUGCUUUGGAAAUGGUAGCACUGGAGGGUAUGGCCCUGCUCAGCCAAAUGGCCCAGCGGGAGAUGGAGCAAAUGAGCCAGGAGCAAGAACUGACUUUAGAGGGUCUGGACUGUCUUCUGGAAGCGAGCAGACAGAUUUUGUUGGAGGCCAUCGAGAAACAAUCUCACGUCGAUCUACCCCGAACACUAGACCCAGACAAGAAGUACAGCUGGAGGCAGAGGAAGGAGGAGCCGCUCUUCAGUAAACUGUCUCUGGAUGUGAUGGACGCAGUGGAAGUGGAAUAUCGUGUCCGCCUCGCAGAGCUGCAGAAGAUGUACAAGGAGAAGCAGCGAGAUUUGAGCAAGCUGCAGAGACGCAGAGACAAGCGUGAGCGUUUGCAGCAGGAGGAUGAGAGGCGGAGUCUGAACAGACGGGGCAGAGGACGACCAAGGAAGAGGAAACACCUGACCACGCCUCCCAAACUAGACAGCAGGCCAGCAAAGGUUAGCAGGACAGUGCAAUACUCUGAAGACUCUGAGGAAGGACAGAGGAAAAGGUUCCGCCUGUCCCGUGAAGAGGAGGACACAGAGACAGGAAGUGUAAGAUUAAAGGUGAAAAAGAAGAAAAAGAAGAAGAAGAGCUGGAACGACACGGAGCCAUCCACCAGUCAUGCUUUGGAGGUGUUGAAAGCGAAACGGGGCCACAUUUGCGAGCAGGAGCAGCUGGCGUCAGACCUCGACAGAGCGCUGUCGCUGUCACAGCUCGGCUCGCUGGGCAUAGCUCGCAAACUCUCCUCCAGCUCCAAGCUAGACAAAUCAAAGGGCAAGUCCACGGAAAGUCGGAUGAAGGAGCGCAACAUCCACUCCUCUGCCAAGACGGGGAAACACAAGAUGGCCGCCAAGGCUUCAACUUCGGAGAACAUCCGGAAGAUGAAAGGUCAGAAGAAGACUGCUCUUUUCUCUCCAGUGAGAUCAGAGAUCAGCAGCUGCUCCAACAACUCAGAUUCAGAGGAGCACAAUUCCGCUAGAGGGGGCUGGCCCUCUCUCUCUGGGACGCAUCCACAUGGGAACCUAAACAGGAAGAGGCGGUCCUCACCGACGUCCCUGCUGUCCAAUCAGAAGUCUCAGAAGAAGAAACACAAGCACUUAUCCCUGCUGCUGGAGGAGGCCGACCUCAGCUCGUCUGACGACUCCUUCGACCAAGAAACCUCUGAGGAAGAUGAUGACGACGACGACAACGAGACAGACUCUGACGAUGAUGCAGAGGAGAGCGGGCUGGGUCUGUUGGCCAGGUUCGCUGCGAGCGCGCUUCCUGUCAGCUCCACGCCGUUAAGCCUCCUCCAUGAUGGCAAACAUCGCGGCUUGCAAAACACUCUGGGGUCUUCAGAGUGCGAGUGGUCAGACUCGGGUUCGGACUUGCGCCUGAGGAAGUUCCCCUCUCUGCUGCACGGCAAACGCUCCGCCCCAGAGCUCCCCCUGUUGCCUCCUGCAACGCGGCGCAUCGACCAGGCCAGCCCCACUAAGAGAGACGAAGCUCUGCCUCUCAAACACAAGCCCCUGCCCAAAACCCGUUCUGCCCCUCGCUCCCCACGCCGCUAUAGCUUCGAUCUGAACUCCAGCUACGGUUUGUGGGGCCUAAGCGAGGACGAGGGUUGGAACCGAAGACGCAGUGAGAGGAUUUUCCUCCACGAUGCCACCACUUCAGCUGGUCAGACGUCCACGCCAGUAUCCGCUUCCACCAGCCAGAACUCCUCCUCCUCCUCUUCAUCCUCCAGCACGGCCCCACCUCUCACCCCGAAGCCUGCCUCCAGACCCAAACCCAGCGCACCGAGCAGAGAGGGGAAAGAUGUGGUGAAAAAAAAGAAGCUAAAGGACUCUCCUCUGCCUGUGAGCCCGUCCUCUAUGUGCAGUCCAAUCACAGAUGUCCCCGCGCCGCUGAGCCUAAGCCCGGUGCGCAAGAGCCAACCGAAAGCCAAGACCAAGGCCAGAGAGCCGUCCAGAGGAGCAGUGAGCCGACUGAUGGAGAGCAUGGCUGCAGACGAGGACUUCGAGCCGAACCAGGACAGCAGCUUCAGCGAGGAUGAACUCCUCCCACCGCGCAGCAACAGCGUAUCAGAGCGCUCGUCUACACCUGCUCCAGUACAGUGCGUGUUGGAUAAGGAUUCUUUGGUGGAUGGACUCAGAGUUUUGAUCCCCAUGGACGACCAGCUGCUGUAUGCCGGACAUGUGAACACUGUACACUCCCCAGAUAUAUACAGCGUAGUGGUGGAGGGGGAGAGAGGGAACCGACCGCACAUUUACUGCUUGGAACAACUGCUGCAGGAGGCGAUCAUCGAUGUGAAGCCUCCGUCCGUGCGCUACCUCCCAGAGGGCACCCGCAUCGCUGCCUACUGGAGCCAGCAGUAUCGCUGCCUUUACCCCGGCACCGUUGUCAACGGAAGUUCAGAUAUCGAUGAAAACGAUGACCUCAUCACGGUGGAGUUUGACGAUGGUGACACGGGCCGAAUCCCCCUCUCUCACAUCAGACUGCUGCCGCCAGACUACAAGAUCCACUGCGCUGAGCCGUCUCCUGCUCUGCUCGUGGCCAGCUGCUCCCGGAGGAGAGUCCGCAAGUGCAGCAAAGAAGGCAAAGAGGUGGUGAAAAAGCCGGAGGAGAGCGCUCCCAAGAUCAAGGGAAAACCUGGACGUAAACCCAAACCUAAACCAGAGUCUUCUAUGAACCAAGAAAGUCGUGAGAAAUCUGAAACUCCAUCCAGCUCCAACCAGCCUGCUGACAGACCUCCAGCUACUUCCAAACCCUCCCAGGACCGACCCUCCUCUGUCCAGAAAGCAGCACAUGAGAAGCCCCGUCCAGCAUCCCGCCCUAAUAUGCAGGCAAAACCAAGCCGUACAAGCUCUGCCACAUCCCCAACGGGUACCCCUAACCUUUCCAACCUCAACAUGCCAAGGAAGUCCAGCUCUGCUCAGCCUUCUGCUCCUAAAGCGGGCCGCUCUCUGCCUCCGUCCCUCUACCCUAAUACCUACGGGAAAGUCCUGACUGUGGAUCUUUACAGUGAGCCCAACCUGAACUCGUACAACCAGCGCAGGGAGAAUCCUAGUAGUCCCUCCAACAACAGACCAGUAUCUAGGCCCAACAUGGUGGCAUCUUCAUCAUCUGCACCUAAACCUGGAUCGUUACCCCGACCAACAUCUGCGUCCAAAUCUAAACCCUCCUCCAACCAUCACAGUGGCUCAAGACCCAGCCUCAGCUCAGGCCUUACCUCCAUCUCUGGUCUUAACUCCAUCUCUAGGGUCCAGACAAGCAAACCGGCCUCCUCGCUGACUCCUAGACCUCCAUCGUCCUCUUUAUCGGUAUCAUCCGCCCCCAGACCUAAACUGAAGAUGCCGUCCGAGCAGAUCUCCAGACCUAAACCCAACCCGGGUCAAAAUGAUGUGAACUCUUUAGUUAGGCGCAAGUCAGCAGAGCCCCUCGUAAAACUUGACCACGAAGGUGUCACCUCCCCCAAAACGAAGAAAACAAAAGCUCUAAUGCUACUAGAAGGUCGAGGCGUUAGACGAGACCAUGCCCCCAUUGCUACGUCAAAUCAGAAGCUGCUCAAGGCUAAACCAAGAGCUCUAGAUAGAGAGGCCGUCCUGCCGGAGAAAGACUCCUCCUACAAAGCGUCCAUGCUCACUAAGGAAAAGGUAGAGAGUCGUGUCGAAGAGAAAGUUAAAAAAGAAGAGAGGAAACAGCCGGAGAAACAAGAAGAGAGGAAGAUGAAGGAGGAAUCUCAGAGCAGCAGCAGCUCAGAGUCGGAAGAAGAAGGCGAGAAAGGGAAGAUGAAGAAAAAGAAGAAGUGCACGUCUAGCUGCUCCUCUUCCUCAUCAUCUUGCUCCGGCUCCUCCUCUUCAUCGUCAUCGUCUUCUUCCUCGUCAUCUUCAUCCACUGAUGACUCCUCCUGCAGCUCAGAUGAAGAGAGGACACCAACUCCUCCUCCUCCUCCUGCUCCUCCUCCCCCUCCAGGUCCCGCCUCCCCUCCGCCCGUGCAAGAGAAAGCGAAGGAAGAUCCAAAAGAGGAAGAAGAAGAGAAGAAAGUGGAUGUGAAAAAAGAGGUUGAGGUAAAAGUUGAGGAAGAAGAAGAGCUUUCUCCUCCGUCACGAUCUCCCUCUCCGGCAUCCUCUCCGACUCCCGCUGCUCCCGCGCCGGCUAAACCUGCCAAACCAGCAACGGGGAAAGGCUCCGGACAGAGGGGGCGUCCUCCGAAACCGAAGCCCAGCGGAGGAGAGGGGAAGGUGGGGAGGCCGAAGCGAAGAGAAGGGGUACACCUCCCGACGACCAAGGAGCUGGCGAAACGUCAGCGGCUCCCCAGUGUGGAGAACCGGCCCAAAAUCUCCGCCUUCCUUCCAGCCAGACAGCUGUGGAAGUGGUUCGGGAAACCAACACAGAGACGAGGAAUGAAAGGAAAAGCUAAGAAGCUCUUCUACAAGGCAAUCGUGCGUGGCAGAGAGAUGAUCCGGAUCGGUGACUGUGCCGUGUUUCUCUCCGCUGGCCGGCCCAACCUGCCCUUCAUCGGACGCAUCCAGAGCAUGUGGGAGUCAUGGGGCAGCAACAUGGUGGUCAGGGUCAACUGGUUCUAUCACCCUGAAGAGACAAACCCGGGGAAGAAACUCACCGACAAGAAGAACUGGGAUCAGAUGUGCGGUCAGUCUCUACCAGCUGCUCUGCACUCUUCUAUCCAGAGGAAAGACUUCAUGGAGCGUGCCCUCUACCAGUCGUCUCACAGCGACGAGAACGACGUGCAGACGGUCAGCCACAAGUGCCUGGUUGUCAGCGUGGAGGAGUACGAGCAGAUGACGCACACGCGCCGCUACGCCGACAGCGAGGACCUCUACUACCUGGCCGGCACCUACGAACCCACCACAGGCAUGAUCUUCAACACAGAUGGAGUCCCGGUCAUCUGCUGAAUGAAAAACAUGAACCACAAACCAAAUUCUGACCUGACGACGGACUUCACAAACCCAAUCUGGGGGUCUACUUUCAUGAGGGAUCUUGACAGCCGCUCUGUUACACUUCAGACUGUCAGGAGGAACUACAGACAGUAUUAAUAGAGUUCUCCUGAGACAUUUGCACACACAAAAACUCCACAAACUCUUAUGCUUGUUGAGAAGCGUCAGAGCGAACACAAGCACUUCCUUUAACCUGUUAAUAAACCCUUCAUAGACUCACACUCACCUGCACAGACACAUGUAAAUACACACCUCCGUGUACUACAAACACCGUUAUAACGAGGAAAAACCUGAGUGUUUUAUUUUCAUGUUAUAGAUUUAUGUCAGAGUACUUUUUCUAAAACAGCCGAGAAGCUUUAAUGAACUGUGAAAGAAGAUACGAGAGCGAGAGAGUGGCGAGUUUCCGUCAGUUUUUGGAUGAUCUGACAGACAGAGAGAAAGACGUGCACGCCGGUGAUGUGACGUUGUGAUUAUGAUGUUGCCAUGGUGGUGUUAGUCAUGUGACAGUCCUAUAAAUGUAUCUACAGAACAGCAGGAGCGACAGACAAAGAGAGAAAAAAGAGACGCACAGAAUAAGAGAG